AUGGAAAACACUCAAUCUGUAAUUGUUUCGUUAAGAGAAUUGAAUGCUAAACUCUUAGCUGAGAUGACUGAACUUGAAAAGGAAAAUGCUAAGAUUCUUGAAUUAAAAAAGGAGAAUGCUGAUGUUAAAGCUGAGAAUACGAAAUUGAAGCAAAUUAUGGGAAGAAAGCACAAUUUCGAGAAAUAUAAACAACAAACUCAAGUUAUUACUUCUACUGGAGAUAUCUCAUCUAAUUCGCCACCUAUCGAAGAUAACUAA